AUGGUGAAAAUUGAGGAUAAAAAGAAGAAAUUCAAGGGGAAGAAGAAGGUGAAAAGUGUGUUGGAAAAGAAGGCGAAGGGACUGAAGCUCAACAAAAUUGACAGGAAACGAAUUGUGAAGGUUUGUAUUUUUGUCAAAAGACAAGCUUUUUUAAAUCAAAAUUUCCAGAUCGAAGAGAAAGCGGCGUUGAAAAGCCAAGUCAACAAAGCAGUGAAAGAAGCCUUGGAGAAACAAGUGAAGUCAACGUCGAUUUUCGAUAACGACGGAACUCGUGACUCUUUGUGCUCCGAAUCAUCUUUCGGGAGCCAACCAGCACCAAAGAAGAAGUCAAAGAAGGUGUUGUUUUCCGGCGAACUUGAGCAUGUCAAAGUUUUCGACAAACGUGUGCAUGAUCUUCAAAUCAAACCAUCUGAAGCGUCUCCAGGAAGAGGAAUUCUGAGAUCUCCACUAGACAAAAAGGCCAAGAAGCUCCCAAAGUCGGUGAAAGUUGUUGCUGAAGAGCAAGAGGUCUCUGCUCCCCCAAAGAAGAAGCUGAAAGUCAGCGCUAAGAAAGUAACCGUCUCCGAACCAGCUGAAGAGGAGGACAAUCUGGAAUCAGUUGAUGAGCAAACCGGAGCCGAUGAGUCUCUUAUUGAUGUUCCGAAACUGAAGAGAAAGAGACCACUUGUAGUCACCAAGUCGGUUAAAGAACAGCUACUGAACAUGCCAAGACAAGAGAGAAAGAGGUUCCUGAAAGAGCUCAAAAAGAAGAGGAAGCCAGAAGGAGAGCGUGCCCAUAAGUGCAAGAUUCUUUGGGAAAAAAUCAGAAUGGGAAAGACGCCAAAGGCAGAGAAGGACGAGGCGAUUCAUGAGUUGUACGGACUGGUUAAAGGACAUGCUGCGAAGUUGAUCUACUCUCAUGACACAAGCAGAGUUAUUGAGUGUUUGGUUGCAACUGAAAGAGAAGGAAUUAUCAACAAUUGUAAGUUUUUUUUUAAAUUUUUAGAUAAAAUAAUUUUGUUUUCUCUUAUAGUGUUCAACGAACUAACGCCAGAGAUCGUUAGAAUGUCCAAGAACGUCUAUUCUAAGUUUUUCGUGAAGAAAAUGUUGAAGAACGGCACAAAAGAACAACGCGACCUCAUCAUCACCGCUUUCCGUGGCCAUGCUCCAACUCUUCUCAGAAUCAAGCACGCUGCUGAAGUCCUCGAGUAUGCUUACAAUGACUUUGCUAAUGCUCAUCAACGCAAUGACAUUAUCACAGAGUUCUAUGGAAAGGAGUUUAUCAUUUUCCGAGAGGAUAAAAUCCGCCCAUUAUCGGAGAUUCUUGCUGAGAAACCAGAAAAGAAAGCUGUGAUCAUGAAGCAUUUGGACGAGGUUAUCGGAGCUGUCAACGAGAAGGAGACUCUCAGACUUUCGAUUCUCCACAAGCUUAUGCUCGACUUCUUUGAGAACUGUGAUGAAGAAAAGAAGACGAAUCUUCUGGACUCUCUCAAAGACAAAAUUCCCGAGUUCAUCCAUACUCCAGACGGUGCUAAGCUUGCUAUCAAGUUGAUUUGGUUUGCUCCAGUCAAGGAGAGAAAGUUGAUCGUGAAGAAUUUCAAAGAUCUGUCAGUCAAAGCUGCUAUGGAACAUUAUGGACAUCGCGUACUUCUUGCUCUCUUCGACACCGUCGAUGAUACCGUUUUGUUGAACAAAGUGAUUGUAUCAGAGUUGGCGAACGAGAUGAAGAAGCUGAUCGAAGACGAUUGGGGAGAGAAGGUUAUCCAUUAUCUUGUGCACCCAAGGGAUGGACGAGGAAUUGAUAAGAGGGAGAUUGAGUUCCUUUCGGAGGGAGACAGCAAUCCGCACUCGAAGAAGACACAGAAAGACCGAUACGGACAGUUGUAUGCUGGAAUCACGGAGAAUCUAUAUCCAUACUUGGCUGCUAACUUUGAAGAGCUUGUCUUCGAAGCCAACAAGUCGAAAUUCGUCGCUGCUUGCCUUGAAACCACAUCCAAAUUCGAUUUGUUCGACAGACAAGUCCCAUCAGACGGUCGCAAGGCGUGCAAUCAAGCUCUCGUUGAGCUAGCCAAAAAGGAUUUUGUGCCAAUGGACCAAGAAGGAUUCCACAUCAUCGAACAUCAGUCUGGAAACUUUGUCCUUAUGGCUAUCAUGCGUUGCGAUACGGCUCUGCCAGAAGACGAGCGAGUAUCGGUGGCGUUGGCAGAAGGGCUCACGAAACAACAGCUUGGCGGCUGGGUGACAUGCAACAGAGGUUGCCAUGUUCUUCUCAAGAUGCUCCAAGUCGGCGGGCCAAAAGUGGUUGAGAAGCUGAAGGCGUCGAUCAGCAGAAAACAUUUGGAUGGGUACAGCUCGAAAGGAGCAAACCUGUUGAAGGCACAAUUGGACGGAAAAUCCACCAAGCAUUGA